CCAAUUUUGUAAGAGUACAAUAAUAAAAAUUUACGCAUGGUAGGAAAAACAAAAAACACGUAACGACAAUAUUAUCCAUUAAUACCUAUAAUCAACCCUUAAAACUGCAAAUAUCAUAAUUGAUAAUUCAAACCCGAAGUAACAUUAAUUUUACUGUCACUCUCUAGUACUCCAUAAUUCAAAGUAGCGACAGGACCUCUGUUUAUAAAACAUCGAAAUAAAUAAUUCCUGUCUAGACGAAACACUCUAUCCUAGACCGAAAAAUCAGUGCCUCUUCUAUUACAUGAAAAAAUUGAAACAUAAAAAUAAAAAAGACCAUAUCAUAUAUCAUAUGCCAUGUUGCAUUAUAUUGUCAUCCCAAAUUAAUUUUCACCACCAUCUUCUGUACCACCCUAUUUUACUCUGCAUUCAUGGCAUCACCCACCUCCUUUAAUACAUUCACAUAAUUACGACACUUAUAUUUUUGCCCACUCUUCAUUUCCCACUUCACAUUUUUAUUUUCUCUCUCCUCUUUUUUGAGAGAAAGUUAACAAGAAAAACAAAAUGUUUAAGGAAUCAAAAUUUUUGGUAGUAUGUUUUUUGUUAUUUUUAUUAUGUUUUAAUUUUGUUGCUUCAACAACAAAGAAAACAUAUAUUAUUCAAAUGGAUAAUUCAGCUAUGCCAUUGGUUUUUACUAAUCAUUUUGAUUGGUAUUCUUCCAAAAUUGGCUCGAUUGUUGCAGAUAAUGAUGUCGAAGAUAGCAGGGUUAUCUACAAUUAUCAACAUGCUUUUCACGGGCUUGCGGCCCAACUUACGGAAGAAGAGGCUUCAAGAUUGGGCCGAGAUCAUGGGGUUGUUGCUUUGUUUCCGGAGACAAUGUACCAACUGCAUACUACUAGAAGCCCAAUGUUCUUGGGCUUGGACCGGGAGGAAGUGGUUAUUGACAAGGCCCGAGCCCAAGGUAACUACGACGUCGUUGUUGGGGUGUUGGACACCGGGAUCUGGCCUGAAAGCCCGAGUUUUAAUGAUUCGGGGUAUGGCCCGAUCCCGGCCCGGUGGAAGGGUGCAUGCGAGCGGGGUCGGGCUUUUGACCCGGCUCGGCAUUGUAAUAAGAAGAUUGUUGGUGCAAGGGUGUUUUACAAGGGGUAUGAGUCUGCCACGGGGAAAAUAAAUGAGGAGAUGGAGUAUAAGUCUCCUAGGGACCAAGAUGGCCACGGGUCCCACACUGCUGGGACUGUGGCUGGGUCUCCAGUGCUUGGUGCGAGCCUACUUGGCUACGCACAAGGCACGGCCCGAGGGAUGUACCCUUGGGCUAGGAUCGCCGCCUACAAGGUGUGCUGGACUGGGGGGUGUUUCAGUUCAGACAUCUUGUCCGCGGUUGAUCAAGCAGUGUCGGAUGGAGUGGACGUACUCUCCAUCUCUCUAGGAGGUGGUGUGUCGUCGUACUUUCGGGAUAGCUUAUCAGUGGCCACAUUUGGAGCUAUGGAGAAGGGAGUAUUUGUUUCGUGCUCGGCGGGUAAUGCUGGGCCUGAACCGGUUAGUCUUACCAACGUCGCCCCGUGGGUUGCCACCGUCGGGGCGAGUACGUUGGAUAGGAAUUUCCCAAGUAAUGUUAGGCUUGGGAGUGGAAAAUCAUUUAGUGGGGUGUCUAUCUAUAAAGGGAGGAUGCAUUUGUCACCUAAGAAGCUUUACCCGGUUGUGUAUUUGGGGAGUAACUCAACGAGUCCGGAUCCAAAUUCCUUGUGCUUGGAAGGUACUCUUGAUCGACGAAAAGUUCAGGGAAAGAUUGUAAUUUGUGACCGUGGAAUCAGCCCUCGAGUUCAGAAGGGUCAAGUAGUGAAACAAGCUGGAGGAAUAGGCAUGAUCCUAGCCAAUACUGCGGCUAAUGGUGAGGAGCUAGUAGCUGAUUGUCACCUCCUCCCGGCAGUUGCAGUGGGAGAAAAGGAAGGCAACAUCAUAAAGCGUUAUGCAUCGCGUGCAAAUGCCACAGCAACAAUAUCUUUCCUUGGCACAAAAGUAGGCAUCAGACCAUCCCCUGUGGUUGCAGCGUUUUCCUCCAGAGGACCCAACAUCCUAUCUUUGGAAGUCCUGAAGCCGGAUGUGGUAGCCCCUGGCGUGAACAUCCUUGCAGCUUGGACUGGCAGCACAGGCCCCUCAGGCGUGUCUGCUGAUACACGAAGAGUCAAGUUUAAUGUACUGUCGGGUACAUCAAUGUCGUGCCCUCAUGUUAGUGGGGUGGCCGCCUUGAUCAAGGCUAGGCACCCAACUUGGAGUCCUGCUGCCAUAAAAUCUGCUUUAAUGACUACAGCAUAUAUCCAUGAUAAUAGUAAGAGACCACUAAUUGAUGCUGCAACUGAGACACCCUCAAGCCCCUUUGAUCAUGGGGCGGGUCAUAUAAACCCGGUGAGAGCUCUCAACCCGGGUUUGGUCUACGACAUUACCCCUCAAGAAUACUUCGAGUUCCUCUGUGCCCGAAAUCCAACUCCCACACAGCUCAAGAUUUUCUCAAGAGGUGGUAAAUUGGCUUGCCAUAACAAACUUUCUAAGGCAGCAGGGGACUUGAACUACCCUGCUUUAUCAGUUGUCUUUUCAUCAAAUGCGAGCAUCUCUAGUAUAACUAUUCAAAGGACAGUCACAAAUGUCGGUCAACCUGUAUCGAGUUACCGUGCGAGAGUCACUCCAUUUAAGGGUGCUAAAGUGGUCGUUGAACCAAAGGUCCUGCAUUUUACCAAGCUGUAUCAGAAGUUGUCUUACAAGGUUACAUUUAAGACGGUUUCGAGGCAGCCAGCACCAGAAGCUGGGUACUUAAUGUGGAAGGAUGCAACUCACAAAGUAAGAAGUCCUGUAGCGUUGAUGUGGUUGCCACCGUCCAAUUAGAAUCGCCGAGGAUAAAGAUACUUCAUUAGUUUGAAUUGGGACAGUAAUAGGUUCAAGUUAUUUACCAUGGACUAGGUUUUUUUUUUUUUUUUUUUUUUUUUUUUUUUUUUUUUUUGUUACAGUAAUGGAAAAGGAUUUUUAUUAUCUCUGAAUAAGACCAAGGGGUGGACCUUUUUUUACAGGAAGAGGAAAUUGUAUUGAUAUGGUAUGUAUUAAUGAAUGCAAUAUUGCAGUAGAGUUUUAAAAAAAAAUUGGGAAGAAGCAGCUUUUUGGUUAAUUUAAAUUAGUGGUAAGAGUACAUAUAUUUGGACCUUCUCAAA